AUGCGAAGCAGCCCACCCGUUCUGAACAAAAAAACGGGCCUCGAAUACUGGGAAUCUUUUCCUCUUGACACUGUCGAAAACAUCCGGAAAUGGCAGCAAGAUUGUGCCAUGCAUACUCAAUCCCAAUGCUCUUCAUUUCGCCAAUCGACGGACGAUACGCUGUCGGACAAUGCGCACGUUCACCACGCUCUCCACCAUUCCCGACCGGGAUCGGUGGAUCUUUCCCGUCACAGUCACUCGCAUUCACAAUCUGGCCCCUUCCGAUCCAUGAGCACCGAUCCUUAUCGAAGUGGAACCCACACACCCGUCCAUGUCCCUCAACAUGCUCAAUCUCAAUCUUCUGCAAUUCCCACGUCCUCCCGCACCCGACAGCAAGGCACGUCCCAAUCCCAACCACCCAACUGGCGAAACCCCUCGCUCUUCUCCUCCCUUUCCCCCACCAGUGGUCACAAUAAUACCCAUACCUCGAAUCCCAACGUCGGCACCGGCGCCGAGGCUCUCCUUCUUCAAAGCUUCGCUGACUCGAAUUGGGCUCCAUCGCCAUCACUAAACUCGGGCAUCGGCUCCGGCAUGGCAUCAGGCAUAGCCGUCGAGAGUGGACCGACGGAAAUCGACACGGGAUUCUUCACGAAUGAUAUGCAGAGACGGUUGUUUUGGUAA